AUGGUAAAUCAGGAGCAGCUCGACUCGCAUAUUGCACAGCUCCACGAAUGUAAACCUCUCACCGAGGCAGAGGUGAAGGCCCUCUGCGAGAAAGCCAGGGAGAUUUUGGUGGAAGAGAGCAAUGUACAACCUGUCCGGUGCCCAGUGACCAUAUGUGGUGACAUUCACGGGCAAUUUCACGACCUCUCGGAGCUAUUCCGCAUUGGCGGAAAGUCACCAGACACCAACUACCUCUUCAUGGGUGACUAUGUCGAUAGAGGCUACUACUCCGUCGAGACAGUUACUCUGCUGGUGUCGUUGAAGGUGCGCCACCCUGACCGCAUCACCAUUCUCCGAGGGAACCACGAGAGUCGCCAGAUCACGCAAGUCUACGGCUUCUAUGACGAAUGCCUUCGCAAGUACGGCAGUGCGAGUGUGUGGAAGAUGCUCACAGACCUCUUCGACUACUUCCCUGUCACCGCCGUGGUCGAAUCAGAGAUCUUCUGUCUGCACGGGGGCCUGUCCCCCUCAAUAGACUCACUGGACCACGUGAGGCAGCUCGACCGCAUUCAGGAGGUGCCUCACGAGGGGCCCAUGUGCGACCUGCUCUGGUCCGACCCCGACGACCGCUGCGGCUGGGGCAUCUCACCCCGUGGUGCUGGCUACACGUUCGGCCAGGACAUAUCAGAGCAGUUCAAUCACAACAACGGGCUGAAGCUGGUGGCGAGAGCACAUCAACUAGUGAUGGAGGGAUAUAACUGGGCGCACGAGCAAAAAGUGGUCACUAUUUUCAGUGCACCCAACUACUGCUAUCGAUGCGGCAACAUGGCGGCUAUUCUGGAGGUGGAUGAUGCCAUGGGGCACACCUUCAUUCAGUUUGAACCGGCACCAAGAAGAGGAGAGCCUGAUAUCAGCAGGAGAACACCCGACUACUUCCUUUAA